GUUGGUAUUAUUUGAAUGUCAAUAUCGAGAAAAUUUAAAACUCAACGGACAAAUUAGAAGAAACGAAUUUUGUUGAAUUUAAAUAAUUUUCUUAUAUGUUAAUAAUAUGGCUGAAUUUAAAACACCAAUAAUAAAAAAGUGUAAGAGUAGAAUAGAAGAUAAUCCAGAAUUACAAACACCUAUUAAAAUACCAGCCUCACCAUUUUUACAACAAAUAGGUUAUGGAUGUGGAGUUACUGUAUUUAGUUUGGAACGAUCACCAAAAGUUGGUUUUAUUCGUUCACCAUGGGCGAUAAAAAAACGUAAUUCCAAAAUUGUAGAAGAUAAAAAAUAUAAUGAACGUAUUCAAUUUGAAGCGGAAAUACUUCGUAAAUUAAAUCAUCCAAAUAUUAUUGGUUUUCGAGCUUUUAGUAAACUUCCAAAUGGUGAACCAUGCUUGGCAAUGGAAAAAUUGGAUGCUUCUUUAGGUGACAGAAUAGAACAAAAACUUGAUAUUGAUGAUGAUCCAUUUCCUGCUAAUGAUAUUUUGAAAAUAAUGUAUGAAAUUGCAAAAGGAUUAGAAUAUUUGCAUCAUAUUGCUUAUAUUUUGCAUGGUGAUAUAAAAAGUUAUAAUAUAUUAAUCUCUUCAGAUUAUAAAAUAGUUAAACUAUGUGAUUUUGGAGUAUCUUUACCACUCACAGAAACUUUAGAAGUAGAUACUUCAAAUGGAAAUUUCAACUAUGUAGGAACUGAAUGUUGGAGUGCUCCAGAAAUAAUAUUUGAAGAUGGUCCUGUUACAAAUAAAGCAGACAUUUGGGCAUGUGGUCUUGUAGUUUGGGAAAUGAUAGCUUUGUCAGCACCUCAUAUAGAAUCCUCAGAAAUGGAUGAUUCUUGUCUAGAUGAUUCAAUGUUAGAAAUGAAAAUGAAAAAUAAUAUGACAAAUGAAUAUGAUACCAAUAUGGAUGACAGCAAUAGUUUUCUUAAUAAAAUAGUCAAUACGAAAUAUGGUACUCGUCCUUCAUUACCUGCUAUUAAUCUAGGAAAAGAAUAUGAAAAAGUACUUGAAGUAUUUUUUGCAUGCACUACUACAGAUUAUAAAGUUAGGCCUAGUGCAAAAGGUCUUGUUAAUUACUUUGAAAAUUAUGUAUUUAACAGUAAAAAGUAAUACAUUUCUAUUUUUUAAUAUUUUUUUAUAUAAGAAGUUUUAUAAUUUGACAUGAUAAAAAUUAAUUAUAUAUAAUUAUAUAAUUUUUUUUCUAUGUUUUUAUUAUUUAGAUAAUAAAUAUCUUAAAUUAUAGAAUAAAUUUUUAUUAUCUCUUUUUAAAAUUAAAGUUUUGUUUUUUUUUCUAUAAAAAGAUGAUGAUUAUCAAGAAAAUAAUUAUUAUUAUACUAAUUAUUAUACCAAGUUUAAUUUUUCUCUAAAAAAAGAUAAUUGUUUAUUAAUUGAUACAAUAUUAUUGAUACAAAUAUUGCUAUAUACCUUUCUAUAUCUUUGAUUCUUUUUUUCUGCUUUUUUAAGAUCAAUACGACCAGAAUCAAUAUUAUCUGCUGUUUUUCCAGCAAAAUAUUCCACAUUGUUUAUUUGUUCUCCCUAUAAAUAAAAUAAAAAUUGUUAUAUACUUAUA